AUGGCACAAGUAUCCUGGCUUUCCAAUGCAAUUACUUGGGCCUUUCUGUUGGCUGGAAUAGCGAGCGCUUCUCUACAGAUCGUUCCAGGUGCAACUUGGAGAGCCGUUAACACACAUGCCCAUGUCCAAGCCCACGGGGCUGGUGUCAUCGAAGUUGAAGGUACUUACUAUCUUAUCGGUGAGGACAAGACCAACGGCUCCUCGUUUCAACAUGUCAACUGUUAUUCUUCCACGAACCUUGUUGAAUGGACAUAUGUCGGUCCGCUCCUGAGUCGUCAGUCGGGUGGCGACUUGGGCCCGGACCGUGUAGUUGAACGGCCUAAGGUAAUUUACAACAAAAAAACGGGAAAGUAUGUUCUCUGGAUGCAUAUCGACAAUUCUAAUUAUAGUGAAGCAAAAGUCGGGGUUGCAACUGGAAGCUCUGUGUGUGGAUCGUACGACUAUCUUGGGAGCUGGCAGCCGUUGGGCCACCAGUCUAGGGAUAUCGGCCUGUUUCAAGAUGAUGACGGAACGGCCUAUUUACUCACUGAAGAUAGAGCAAACGGCCUCCGUAUUGACUCAUUGACUGAUGAUUAUUUGAACGUCACCCGCUAUUCUCAAAAAAAUAAUUACUACUUUAUGUUUGCCUCUCAUUUAACUGGGUGGAGUGCAAACGAUAACGGAUACAGCUAUGCAACUUCAAUGUCUGGCCCGUGGUCGAACUGGACAACUUUUGCAACUGUGGGUACCGAUACCUACAAUUCACAGACCAAUUAUAUACUUCCUUUUCCUGGCGGGAAAACAGUCAUGUACAUGGGAGAUCGUUGGGUAUCAUCGAAUCUCUUUGCUAGCACCUACGUAUGGUUACCACUUACCAUCGAUGGCACCAAUGUCACAAUGCAGAACCAAAUCAGCUGGGUUCCAGACGUGAAUGGCGACACAUGGUCAUCGUCACCAGCUGAGACAAAGAACUACGGAGUCAACGCAACUCUGUCCAACGGUGCCAAGCUUGUAUCAUGCAGUGGUUGCUACGAUGACGAGGCGGCAGGCUAUAUUGGCGGGCCAUCUGAAGGGACUGUAACAUUUUCAAAUGUAUAUUCUCGAGCUUCUGACUUAACCACAGUCCAAAUUCAAUAUGAAAAUGGUGAUUCAUCAGCAAGGUACGCAAAUAUUUCUGUGAAUGGUGCCACAGAGCUCUUGGAGUUUCUGCCUACAGCCUCUGGGCAGACACCUGGGACAAGCGUUCUCUUUUGCAAACUUGACGACAAAGGAAACAAUGAGAUAGUCAUUACCACAUCAGAUGGAACGUAUGGCCCAGAUAUCAACAUGCUUGUUGUACCCGAGUCGUGA